GAAUAAGAUAAUUCAGAUUUAUUUUAAUUUUUGAUAGAUGUUUUGUAAGACAACGAAACAGCAGGUUCAGGGAGGUCCUAAAAAACAUUUUCCCCUCGGAGAAACAAGACCAUAACUAGUUUCUAAUGAAGACUGGUUUGCUACUUUGAAGUUUGAGGUCCCAGAAAUGUUUUUUUUAGAAAGAGUUUUAUUGUAAGCCAUGUAAGAGCUGGAUUAGUUCUGGAGAAGAUCCUGCAGGGGACAGCUUUGCACUAAUUACGGCAGGAGCUACUUCCAUGUGGGCUUCCUGCUGUGGGUUGCUGAAUGAAGUCAUGGGGACUGGAGCUGUGCGGGGCCAGCAGGCUGGCUUUGGGGGAGGUGCUGGCCCGUUCAGAUUCGCACCAAACACAGACUUCUCAGCAUAUCCAUCUCCAGCUGCAGCGGGUGCUAACAUCGUUUGCAAAGCCUGUGGACUUUCCUUCUCAGUUUUUAGGAAAAAACACGUGUGUUGUGACUGCAAGAAGGAUUUUUGCUCAGUUUGUUCAGUCCUACAAGAGAAUCUCAGAAGAUGUUCCACUUGUCACUUGCUGCAAGAAACAGCCUUUCAGCGACCUCAGUUAAUGAGAUUGAAAGUAAAGGAUCUGCGUCAGUAUCUGAUUCUCAGAAACAUACCAACGGAUACUUGCCGAGAGAAAGAAGACUUGGUGGAUCUGGUGCUGUGCCACCAUGGCUUAGGGUCGGAGGAGGACAUGGACGCUAGCAGCUUGCAUUCGUCACGCUCACAGACUUCGGGGUUUUUUACUCAUCCAUUUUCUAUGUCUGUAUCGGUGUCGUCUCAAGGAGAACUUGCAAACAGAAGGGGAAGCACAGGAAAUGAAACACCUUUACGGGGACAAACAGAAACAUCUUCUAUAAAUAAUGAAGAAGAAGAAAGUGCAGAGGAGCAGACCCCUGGAUUGUCCCGAAAGCGAGCGAGGGCGUCUCUGUCCGACAUUUCAAGUCUGGAAGACAUUGAAGGGUUGAGUGUUCGGCAGCUGAAGGAAAUACUUGCAUGUAAUUUUGUCAACUAUUCAGGAUGCUGUGAAAAAUGGGAACUUGUGGAGAAAGUCAGCAGACUAUACAGAGAGAGUGAGGAAAACCACAAGACACAGGGCGAGAAGAUGCAGCUGAACGACAACGACGACAACCUGUGCCGGAUCUGCAUGGACGCCGUCAUCGACUGCGUCCUGCUGGAGUGCGGCCACAUGGUCACGUGCACCAAGUGCGGGAAGAGGAUGAGCGAGUGCCCCAUCUGCCGCCAGUACGUGGUGCGGGCCGUGCACGUCUUCAAGUCCUAAACCCAGACCAAACCCGGGUUUUAGAGUCGCCCUCUGGGAUUGCUGUGGGCAGGAGUUGCCGACCCUCGGGGCAGGGUGGGGUGGGGGUUGGGGGGUGGGGUGUCAGCUUUUUAGUUCUCGAUUAAACGCGUUUUUCAACAUCAGGUUCUAGAAGUUUGCGAAACGUUUCUCUACGGCUGGGUGGUACCGUGUGUGUACGGUAGUAGCGCUGCCUGACGUACCUUACAAACCCACAAACUGUUCGAGUCAAACUGUUUACAGCAGUUCUUGCUCUCUUCUGAAGAAUAUCACCUCCGAUUGCCACAUUCGGUACUCGACAAGUGGCCAGAAAACAACCUCUCCUGGGCCAUCUUAGUGUGUUACAUCAUCUAGUGCAUUAGAAGCAACAACUAUACUGGUUGAAUAUUCAGCUUUUAUGUAAUUAUAGAAUGUAACUGUUCUGACACUGUCCCUACAACAGUGUUAACAGUAUAAAAUAUGACUGUAGAAAGCACUGCCAUGGACUGUACCUAAGCCCUUAAUUGCUUCCUCCCAACAUCAGUCACCAAAUCCAUCUGUAAAUGCACCAAAAGCUCCGUCCCUUCGCAGGGCUCCACCACGUCCUGUCCAAAUACUGAUUACUAAGUGUUUUUUAGUUUAGGAAUAAAAUAUUUUUUUAAAAAGGGGUAUAGUAAACCAUAUUACUGUGGUCCUUAAUCCACUCCUGCCUGUUGUACCUCUUAAAUCUUACGUGUGAUGAUUGUACUUACUCCCUGUGCCGACAACCUGAUGUUACUGUGAAUACUAACCAGGGUCACCAAGCUCCUCGCUGCUAACCUGGGGAAUGUAGAGUGUUACUCACCUUAAACGGGGACGGAAAUGGGAUUUGUGUAAAACUUGCUCAUGGACUUUUACCCAAGGCUGAGUCACCAUUAACUGCUUCUCCGCCCCCAGCAGCAUGCUGCCGGAGGGGAGGAAGGAGCGACUCUGUCCGGGGGUUUAUCCCUUACGCAGGGUGGAGCUACAGAGCUGCACUUUCUCCUUUUGAUUUCCCCCAUGCUGGGGAAGUACCAGAGCCAGGGAGGGGGUUUGCCGAGGCUGCAGCACCCCCAGCCCUCUCCCCUCUGCUACGCUGGCUCACCCGCUCUCCACUUUUACAUCAAAAACUAAAGCUGGUUUAAAAAAGAGAAAGUAGCUCCUCCUCACAGUAAACACCUUAGAGACCCUGCUGGUUAUUUUUCAGAAGGGAGCAAAACUUCUCAACGGCUUUAUUUUUUAGAAGUAACUUUUUAAUGGUACUUAAUCCCUGGAGUCUCUGCUCAGUGGGUAAACUAACAAAGAAAAACACCCCGGCUGUUACCUCCCUGCUGGUCAUUAGCCACACGAGCUGAAUAAAGGUUGGUGAUGGGCCUUCCC